UUACUUGAUUCGGGGAAUCUCUCCGGCGUGAGCUCCGUUUGCGAGAAACCCCACGCGAACCUCGGCCAGCAGCGGCGUCCGGCCCUUGCUGUUUCACGCGACGCUUCAGCUGGCAGUUCGAUUCGUAGCGGUGCAAGCUUCUGACUAGCAGUUGAAUUUGAAGGCAGCUUUCAGCCAUUACCCACGCUCAAACAACCUCAGACAUCAAUACCCACUCUAUUUUUGGAUUGAUUUUGAGUGCCCACAGCUUAGAUUCCCAAUCGGAGGACCCACGAAGGACGACUUUAGAUCUGAGAGUUCUAAUCGAAUCCAACACCAACCAGCAAGGAUUCGAGUCCUUUUAGAUAAGAUUCAUUGGGUAAAGAUGCUCAAAAUUCCUUUUGAACUCAAAUGAAGUGUUUUAAAAUUGUUCUUUACACUUGGAAGCUCUUUCUUAGACUAGUUUUGGACUCCUUUGAAAACUUUUCAGCAAAGACUGGAGUCGUUUUUGAUAAGAUUGAGGUGGUGCAGUUCUGUUUGGACCUUUUCAAAUUCAUAUUAGUGCUAUAAUUAGCUUCUAACCUUUAGAACUAUCCUAUUUGUAGUUUUGGACUAAAUUCGGACUGUUUGGUCAAUGAUUAAGGUUGUUAGUGGGUAAGAAAUAGUUGAUAAACCCUCCUGAACAGCCAUUAACUUCGAUUAAGGUUUUGGAACUGAGUUCUAACCUUCAGACCAUGAUCUUGUUGUUUCAGGAGCCUAUUGACUAGUUUAGGAACACAACAGGAGUAGAAUUCUAACUGUUGGGUCUGUUUGCUGUUUGCUAAGCAUGCUGCAGUAUUUAAUUGCUUAUGUUACUUGAUGUACGCUUAUUUGAACUAUGUUGCUUCUGAUGAAUCUUGAGAAUGUUGAGUAUGUUGGGUGAACAAGUUAGUCUGUUACAUUGUCUUAAUGUUGAACUUGAGAUUAAUUAGGUAUUAAAGUUUGGUAAUGUGCCCUAAUUUAGCAUAAAAAUUUGGGGAUGUUAUAGUUGAUAUCAAAGCGAAGUGGUCCCUAAAUAUUGUCCUAGAAACAGGUUGCUAAGUCAGAGUUAAUGGCCUUUCUCAUUCUCCUCUCAUCACUUGAUGGAGUUUAGUGCAUCCAUUAAUGGUUUGCAUGGAUGACCUACAAUGUUGGGCUUGAUUCAAGGAUCUAUCGAUUGAUCAAUACCUCCUUGAUGCUAUAGAAUAAGGUAUAGAAGCGGAGUUUUCAUUACUCACUCAAGGGAGCAUGUCAGUGAUACAAUAUGAGAGGGGGUAUGUUGAAUUUUCUUGCUUUACUCUUUAUCAGAUCGACACAGAAACGAGGAAGGUGGGGAGGUUUAUUGAGGGCCUUCGUAAAGAUAUAAAAGGACUAAUAGCAUUUCGACGACUGAAUGCUUAUGCCGCUGUAGUUAUGAGUGCCAUGAUUUUAGAUAGAGAUGUUCCAAGACUGGAGUAGCCUGAAGAAGUAGGCACUUCAUUUGGGGUUAAAAGGAAGCGACAUGAUGACCCUACAAAGAGUUAUGCUCUAUGUUGACUAAACAUGAGGUUAACCCUUCACCAAGAGAAGGACCUAGGAAGACCUUGGCAAGAGAGACUAAGAUCCCAAGAAACCAAAAAAGUCUCUUAGGAAAGGUGCAACCACUUUUUGUGAUCAGGCCUACUUAUAGAAUCAAGAGAAAAUCUCCUUUUCUAUCUACUCAAUCUCAGGGGGUUCCUCAACAAUAAGCAAUUUACUUGUUUCUUAUGCCCUUUGUUUACAAAAGCAUCACUUUGAGCCAUGCUGAACAAAGUAGAGAGCUUGUUUCAAUUGUGGUAGAAAGGGACACUUUGCAAGGUCGUGUCUGACCAAGGGUGAGCAAAAUUCUCACAAGCCAACACCCAAAGCUAUUUUAGCACGAACACAAGGAGGCUAGUAGAAAGCACAUGUUUUUGCUCAUAGAGGAAGCUGUGGGAUAUGCUAACAUAGUUGCAACAGGAACACUACCCUAGACUCGUACCUUUUAUUUGCUUCUCACCCACUGUAUGUUUUGUUAAUUUGUUACACUAGGACUAUUCUUGGUCCUUAGUGUUCCAUCUUUUGUUUUCUUGACGAUUGUUUGUUAAGUGAUCUUAGAGCUAGAGCUGUUUGGCUAAUUUAGGUGUCCACACCAAUCUGGCCAAAGGUUUAAGUUUAGGAGUGACUUGGUAAAGAAGAGAUGAAAUCAAGGCCAAGUGUUCAAAGUUAUUAGACCUAGCAACUUUCACGGACGGCUAUUUUUAAAGGUGGAGAGUUUGUAACGUCUCGCAUUUCAGGAAAAAAAAGUGAAAGAAGAAGAAUAGAAAAGAAAGAAAGAGAAGAAGAAAUUGAAGAAGUGAAAGACAAAGAAAGGAGAAGAAGAGAAGAAAGAAAGAGAAAUAGAAAGAGAAAUGGAGGCGAGAUGUAAUGCGCUAUGUUCUUCCCUAAGAUUAAUUUCUACUUUUGACAUAUAUUUUGGAUUAAUUUAGUUCUUAUUGGAUUUGUUGGAGUUAUUAAUUUUGAUAAUUUAAUUAAGUGAAGCUUGAAAAGUCCAAGUUAUUUCUCCCCAUGUUUGGAAUAUAGUGUAGCUUUGAGUUGUAGAAAAAGAAAAGGAAAUGAAAAGGGAAGAAAAAAGGAAAAUAAAAGAAUGAGAAAAAAAAAGGAGCACAAGAAACAAAAUCUGUUCUUCUUCCCGCAUAUUGCUGCCCCCAAUGUCGUCUAUUUGUUGCAUUCCUCUCGUUCACUUGGGCCUGUAUAGGACUCUGUCGAUGAAAUGUCCAUAUCCAGUUCAUUCUUCAGAAUCAUAUCACAUUCUAGAUCCGAUGAAAUAGGAUGCAUUGAGAUGAUAUUUUAUAAAUACCUAAUUGAGAUGAACUGUCCAUAUGCAGUUCAUCCAUUGGAACCAUAUCACAUUCCAAAUAAAAUAUGAUGGAAUAGGAUGAAUUGAGAUGGUAUCUUGUUACUAUUUCCUUGCUUUCCAAUCGCCUGAAAGUAACAAAAGAACCAUCUUGUUUUUCUUCAUCAAUUUUUGCUUGUUGUUCAGUGCGAUGGUUUCGAUCACUGCUCCAUACGACUAUUUUUAUGCAUUUCUCUUCCAGCGACCAUGCAGCUGUUUUCAUCUCUAAUGAUACCCUCGAGCUGAAGGACAGUGACAACGUGCUUUGGGUGACAAUGACCCAAGUGUAAUCUCUUAAGUGCAUUUUCUUGGCUGUUCAUCGAUCCUUGGCCGUGACCUACACUCCAGACAAUCCCAAAUCAGAUUGCCAUAAUGUUUAAAGUUCAGAUCCGUGAGUUAGAAUCUUUUCACCAACAAGAAUCUGAACCCUUUGGUAAGAAUCUAGUUACUAUGAACUCUUUCGUAUUUGAUUGAAGUACACAAGAUUAGCUUCUUGCCAUUGGAUCCCUUGAAGUUUAGGUUUGGAUCGGCCAUUUUGAGACAUUAAGGACUAUGUUAGGUUGAUAUGAGGACAUUUGGCUGUGGCUUUUCUGUAAGUUGCUAACAAGGGUUGGGGAGAUUAAACGAUGUCUGCGAAAUCAAAGUCCCUUAAGGAAUAUCUUAAACGCUAUGAAAGUAACACCGAGGUGGAUAAGAAAAAGAAGAAGAAAAAGAAGAGGACCGCAACAGCAACCAAACCAAAUGCUCUAGGUUUAGUCGUGGACGAAGAUCCUGUCUGGCAGAAGCCAAUAAUUAUUGAAGAGGAUAAUGUUGAUAAUUCGACUGAUGAGGAGCCCCAAGUCGAUGAAGAUAUUGAGGUUACGAGAAUGAGGAGGCUUGAAGAACUAAAAGCAAAGCGACCAUAUAAUUCCAUAAGUGAAGAUGGAAGUGGUUGGGUUUCACUCUCUCCAAACCAUGCAAAUUCUAGCAUGGUGAAUGGUGAUUUAUCUCCAUCUCGUAGAACAAGAGCUCGGAAUGAUACACCUUCUCCAUCUAAUGAGUUGAAGCCUUCAGUAUCUGGUGAAGAAGGUGAAGAUUUUUCACCUCCACGGAGGAGGCAGAGGCAAAAUCCUGGCUCACUUGAACACGAGGAAAUGUCUACAAACUCUAAGUCUCCAAGAUCUGACUUAUCUCAACCACAAAAGCAGAAUGUUUAUAGAGAUUGUGCACAGAAAGAUAUUGACCUAUCACCUCCACGACAGCGAAGGAAACGUUACCAUACUCCCUCCCCUGAAUCCGAUGUAAAACCUGCACGAUCUGUUUCUCCACAGUCUGAUUUGUCACCACCUCGGAGAUCUGAUAGGCAGGCGUCUAAAGCAAAUUUAGGGGGCAAUCACAAGGCUGCAGGGUUAUCUGACCUUUCUCCUCCUCGACGAAGAACUUCAGGCUAUGCUGAUGGUGCUCAUAUAUCACAUGGAUCUGAUCUUUCACCUCCAAGGAAACAAAGUAAGGAUGUGAGGAGAGAUCGAUCACUUUCAGAUAAGCAUUUGCAGAGCCAUAUUGUUACUGAUGAUUCACAAGAAUCACCAGCAGAUCUUUCUCCACAUAGGAAAAUGCAAAAAGCACUGCCGGUUUCAGUCUCCUUUAAACAGGCACGGAAGACUGGUUUGCUUACUCAGAAAGAGUUUGGGGAAGAAAUGUCUAAAACUAACAAAGAGGACUGGACGAGGUUUAAAGAGAUGAAUCCUUCUGCAAGUAGUAACGCAGAGCCUGUGUAUCGAGACAAGAUUAAAGGUUAGGCAAUCGACAAAGAGGAAUUCUUAAAAGCACGAGGAAAAAUAGAAGAAAAGCCCAAGGAAAUAAAAUUGGAAUGGGGCAAGGGCUUAGCUCAAAAACGAGAAGCUGAAGCUGAACGUAUGGAAUUAGAACUCGAGAAGGAUAGACCAUUUGCACGGUCAAGUAAUGAUGCCGAGCUUGACUCAAUGUUGAGGGAGAGACUGAGAUGGGGCGAUCCCAUGGCACAUUUGGUGAAGAAAAAGCAAUCUGAGAUGGCUCUUCCUGAUCUAGGAGACAGUGAGAAGAUGAAGGAAUCAGGUUUCAUUAUUCCGCAGGAUAUUCCACCUCACAGCUGGCUAAAGAGGGGAUUGGAUGCUGCACCCAAUCGAUAUGGUAUAAGACCAGGAAGACAUUGGGAUGGAGUCGAUCGUAGCAACGGAUUCGAGAAGCAAAUGUUCAAGAGGAUGAACGAGAAACGAGCUACUGAAAGGGAAGCAUAUCUUUGGUCUGUGUCUGAUAUGUAACAUGAAAGGAUGGUGUGCUUAGAUGGAAGAUAUCACAUCUUUUCGAGGUCUUGUUUUCUUAUAAUUAUGUUAAGAUUUUGUUUACACAGCACGUGUUUGGACGUGGGAGGGAACGACACGUGUUUGGACGUGGGAGGGAAGCGAUCACCUAACCUUCAAUGUAAGGGUUGAUCUUCCGAACUAGAAACUGGCGAAUGUGACGGGUCAAAUGCCUCUACCGCGACUAAAGAAGACAAACUACGAGAAUUAGGGCAUUCAAAUGAAAGCUCUUCUCGGUUCUCAAGAUGCAUGGGAGGUGGUCGAAGAAGGUUUUGAAGAAUCAAAAGGUAUCACGGGUUAUACGACGGCACAAAACAAGGUGUUGAAAGAGGUACGAUCAAAGGAUAAGGUGGCACUAUACAUUUUGAUCCGAGCCUUUGACGAGUCGGGGUUUGAGAAGAUUGCCAGUGCAACUACUUCAAAAGAAACGUUGGAUAUUUUAGAAAAAGUGUUCAAAGGAGCCAACCUAAUCAAAGGAAGUGCUCUCAAUAGUAUAAAUGUAAUUCUAAAAUGGUAGGAUAUCUCUUGAUCAUGAAUAAUACUCUCAAUAGUCCAAAUAUAACUUUUGAAACAAAACAAAUCUUAUU